UACACAAUGCCAUCAAUGCCAUUGAUUCUAGAAGGUGUCAUAUUGCAGAGAUGAGAGCUCUAAUCGUUCUGUUGUUCGCUGCCAGCUUCUUUGACUCGGAAAAUGUGGUCUGUCAGUACACAUGUGCCUGCACUAAACCAGUCAUGGCCUGCCCACCUGCUGCAGCCCCCAUAAUGCCGGUGGCAGUAGCAACAGCCUACCCUCAGGCAGUAACCGCAACAGCCUACCCUCAGGCAGUAGCCGCAACAGCCUACCCCCAGGCAGUAGCUGCUACAGCCUACCCUCAUUUUAACUUGAAUAAUAUGAUGGCACCCAACAUCAUUCCCAACUACUACCAACCCCAGAUGUUAGCACCCUGGUGUAUGCCGCCUCCGGUAGCCGCACCCAUGCCCGCUACACAAGCAUCUCCUCCUCCCGCACCCACACAAAAUCAACAAGGGACAGUGCAAGGGGACGAUCCACAUCCCGAGGAUGAUCCCACACAAUCACCGCACCAUCAGUCAUCUGUGGUCAUCCAGUCUGUUUACGUCGGAGGAAAAAAGGAUGACACGGAAAGUGAGGAUGAAGGAGAAGUUAAAAAAGAGAAAACUGUAUCGAAGAAAAAGUGUUCUCACGACUCGGACACUGAUCAUGAACACGAAGAGAGACGUAGCAGUUACAGAAGAACUAAGAGAAGACGCCAGCGAAGACCAAGACGAAGAUACCACAACACGUAUUCAGAUCCAGCGCCAAUAGAUCAUUACUCCCCAUCAGACGAUCCUUACUCCUCAUCAGAUCCUUACUACUCGGGUGGAGAUUCUUAUGAUCGUUACGACUAUAUGUCAUCUUUACCAUCACGAUGUGAAGGGUGUUUUGAUAACAUGUAGGGUUGAAUACAUUUCUCACAGAUCAUCAGUAGAAACAAGAAUCAAAAGUACCUUAUAUCUUUUCGUCCUUCAAUAUUCUUUUUGUUACUGUACUGAUGAUAUCAAAAAUUGAAUAUUUUAUUAUUUAACACUAAAUACUUAUGUUUUACAGCACGGAAAACAUCUUCGGACAUAAUUCAAACAAUGUUAUUAUACAUAGUAUCCACAAAUUACUUUAUCAAACUUCACCAUUUGAUUUUUCAUGUGAAAAUAAGUAAAUAAAUAUAUAAGAAUAGUCAUAUCUUACGUAGUUUACUAUCUAUCUGUAUGUCUGUGUGUUUUGCGUUUUUUCAAGAAGACUUAUAUAUCUUUAAACUAAGUAUAGUUCAAACUUUGCAAAAUCAGUAGUCUAAUUAUUAAGACCUGUUUUCAAAAAAUUUUAAAAAGUAUAUAACGCAUGGGAUUUUAAAAUAGCGGCCAUACAACAUUUUCAAACUGUGUUAACUCAUAAACGGGAUAUUUUAUAAAAUUUAUAAGAAUAUAAAAACAUGGGGGUUUUGACGAAACUUUGGUACUAAAUUUAUUUCGUUGCAACGAAUAAUAACGAAAUAGUCAAGGGUUUACUGAGCGCCACCCCUUAUGUAAAAUACAUAAUAGAGUUAUUAAUGUUUCCUCUCACACAUAGCUAUGAUAAUUCCGUUGUUAUGUAUCGUAUCGAAAUAAAUUUUGUAUCAAAAUUAUCAUUUCAUAGUAAGACUUAUUUCACUAUUCUUAUAAUUUUUUCAUAAAUUCUCUUGUGUUUGAGUUAUUACAGUUUGAAAAGCUUAUAUGAGGGCCAUUUUGAAACAUGAUAUAAUAUAUUUCUUAAACUUUUUUUAAAACGGGUCUUAAUUAGACUAGACAUUUUGCAAAUUUUGAACCUUUAAUCAUUUCAAAGAUAUUUUUUUCUAAAAAUCACAAAUAGACAGAUAUACUGGUUACUAUUAACUAAGCAACACAGAACUAUACUUUACAUGACAUUUCUUACUUAUUUUGACCUGUAAAAUCAGACUAUGAAGGUGGAGAUAGUAAUUUUUGGACACCCUCUAUAGAGCAAACUGUUAAAAAUACUUUGUAUUAAUAAAUAGCGUUAUUUGCAUUAAGAUGGA